UAAUUAGAGCGUAAACUCGUGAAGGCGGUUUCACUUCAGGUUUCGCAGCGGCAGUGCCCUUGCGAAGAACAGCAAGGGACGCUGUAGCUUCUUCCUCGCAUCCGCAGUUCCGCACCGCGCAGUUCUCCCUCUGCAGCGACCCGGGAAAAUAAGCUUCCGGGAGUCCUUUCCCUCUGAGCCAGCACUUCACAUGGUCACCAUGUUGAGGCUGCCAUCCAGUAGGAACCACGGAAGCAAGAAGCUCCGGCCAAGGCACAGCUUCCAGGUCUUCCUGCUCGUCGCCGCCGGCGUCUGGAUCGUGUACCAGCUGACGCAUUCUUACAGCAAGCGUCGGGCAGUGGUUAUGGAGACCGACGACAAUAACGGCAUGGACGGCGGCGAGCCGGCACGGCGUAGUCUGGGCAGGAAGGGCUUCGUCGACUUCGCAGGCCACGCGUCUGACGAUGACACUGUCGGGAUCAGAGGCGGGAGCGACGCCGGAAGCGAAGGCUUUGAACGGGGCGGCGCCACGUCUGAUAAUCCUUUGAGCAAGGCUGAGAAGGACCACGAAGGCGAUGGCAGCGAUAUGGACGACGAACAGGCUGACGAAUAUGAUGGUGUUGAUGAUACGGACGACGAACUUGCUGCUGAUGAAGGGGAAGAUGACAGAGGUUUCCAGUCUCAAAAUGGCAACGAUGCGGAUGAACUGAAGACCGUGCAUGGCGAUACUCCGAAUGGAUCGAACAGAAGCAUUGCUUCUUCGGUGAACGCCACUGACAGAAUGCAAGACAGUGUUGUUGUUGUUCAACUGGCGAAUGCGACUGACGGCUCUGCGAAUGGCAGUGCUACGCCUCUCAAAGAUUCUGCUCUGAAGAAUGCUUCACCUCUGUACGAGUCGCUGCGUGACAAAGGAAGGCCUAGUGAUCUUGCUAGGGAAGUGGUGCUUAUCGAUCUCGCCGUAGGGGCACCUGGAGCAGAGAACAAGAAGCUUACCAACAAUUCGUCCGCUGAUGAGGACCGUACGAUGAUCAACCAGAACGGGACAGCAGACUCUGUUACAGGGCAUGGUAUCUCGAAGUGAGAAUGUCGCGAUGCUACCAGGGAGAACUCAAUUCUUACUGCAGAUUAAGAGGUGUGCUCAGACAGAAAAACUGGUGUCUGUCUAGUUUUUACAAGGCAUUAGGUUAGCCCCUGGUUCUUCCUGUUCAAAUGUCCUGUAAGAAAGUGUUGUCACCAGCUUGUGUCUAAGUGAGGAAGAUGCUACUGCCCGAAGCCUUGUUUUCUUGGUGCAGCAAUAGGUUCCCGUAAAAAUCUCGCCAUUCCGGAACUACAGGUGACCUGAGUUUUAUGAUUCAUUGCUAGCAAUAGCAAUCAACAUAAAACUUGGGAUUCACUAACACUCAGAAUACACCCCCCACCCCCAAAUGAACUUAAAACUAUUUAACAUGGAUCCUCAUUUUGGUUAGAACAUAACCAAUUAUGUUCCGCCUUGACA